GGUCACGUGACUUCUACCCUAGGAGCCUUGCCCGUUGCAGUCUGUCCCUGAUUCCAUGUGCAAACUCUUCCCAGUCCACACCACGACUUACAAUAUGGGCCCCGUACUAGGGGUACAAUCCAGAGAUAGCCAAGACUCUCCCAGGGUAGCAAAGCGCAGAGCUGUGCAUACACUAGAAACUCUCGAUAACAACACAGAUCCACCUCGGAAAGCAAUGCGCAGGGCUCUACACACUCCAGAAAUACUCGAGAUGAUCCUCCUCCAAGUGGACAUGCGCACGCUCCUUACAUCCGGCCAGCGAGUCUGCCACGCCUGGACGAAUCUGAUACGAACGUCGCGAUCCCUCCAACGGGCCCUUUUCUUCAUGCCAAUCCAGGAGUCCGAAUGGGCAGCGGGAGAGAAAACUCUUAACCCACUAUUGGCGGAGGUGUUCCCUAGCAUCUUCCCAGCAACGUACGACGAGUGUGAUAAAAAGUUCUACAUUCCCGAACUUCCCAUGGCCAAAGAUGCCGAGGCCAUGGCCAUCUUUGGCCGACGAGACGCGAGCUGGCGCAGAAUGCUAGUCCAGCAGCCGCCCCUUUCGCAUAUCGGGGUUUUCCAUGUCCGUCACACAAGGGUCGGCAACAGGGUCAAACGGUCUAGUGCUCCGGCGUAUACAAAAUCCGAACAAAACUCUGAAUCCGGGCCCGUGGGUCUCCGCAUGGAGAAGCUUUUUGAGUAUUUGCUCUUCAGCCACGGGGGGCCAUCCGGCAGGCGGCAUACAAAACGCGUGUACUGGUCGACCGAGGCGCCAAUCAAGCUUUAUGCACAUGACCGGCGUAUAAGUAAACAGUUCCAUCAGGUGAUGACUGACUUUGGCGUGGUUGCUUUUACGUACGAGGUGGUGCCGUGCGGUAUGGGGACCCGUCGGCCUUCUUCGGCUAACGAUAAGCUCAUCCGGGAGAUUGUCGCUGCGUAUGAAUAUCACCCUUUGGAUAAUGAUUAUGAAAGUUCGGAUCAUGAUUGGUAUUAUGAUUUGGAUUCUUUAUAUAGAUAUGUCGAUGAAAGCCUGUCGGACAAUGACUCGCUGGAAUGA